GGCUGUGAAAUCUUAAACUAUAAUCAUUUCCGGGGUCAACUUUUAUUGUCGAUACAUAACAGUUUCUCUCACCGACUUGUCACCCGUCACAGCUUUUAUGUCCGCUCCUCUGCUAAUUGCCGCUGUUGUUGGCGGUGGGGUCCUGCUUCUUAUGCGGCGUUUAUUCCCCCGUCAGAAAGCCGUUAAGUUGCUCCGUUAUUCAGGAGAAAAUAUGCGAGGCAAGACAGUCAUCGUGACCGGGGCAAACAGCGGGAUAGGGAAGGCCCUGGCCGGGGAGCUUCUGAAGCUCCGCGCCCGGGUCAUUAUGGCUUGCCGGGACCUGCGGAGCGCCGAGGAGGCAGCCCAGGACAUCAAGAAGCAAGCGGGACCAGAAAAUGGGGAGGUGGUCAUCAAACACCUGGACCUGGCUUCUCUUAGAUCAGUCCGAAAUUUCUGUGAGGAGGUGACUCAGGAGGAAUCCCAGGUUGAUGUGCUCAUCAACAACGCCGGUAUCUACCAGUGUCCCUACACAAAGACAGACGAAGGUUUUGAGAUGCAGCUCGGUGUGAAUCACUUGGGUCACUUCCUCCUCACUCACCUGCUGCUGGACCUCCUGAAGGCUUCGGCCCCUAGCCGCAUCGUGGUGGUUUCCUCUAAACUUUACAAAUAUGGCCACAUCAACUUCAAUGACUUGAACAGUGAAAAUAACUACAAUAAGGCCUUCUGCUACAGUCAGAGCAAACUGGCCAACCUUCUGUUCACGCUGGAGCUGGCCCGUCGCCUCGAGGGGACGGGGGUCACAGUCAAUGCUCUCACUCCGGGGAUCGUGAGGACCAGGCUAGGCAGACACAUCCAAAUCCCCCUCCUGGCAAAGCCGCUGUUCUACCUUGCCUCGUUGGUCUUUUUCAAGAGUCCAUUGGAGGGGGCCCAGACUCCUCUCUAUCUGGCCUGCUCCCCAGAGGUGGAAGGAGUGUCGGGGAAGUGCUUUGCUAACUGCGAGGAGGAGGAGCUGUUACCCAAAGCUACAGAUGAGGAGGCAGCCAAGAAACUGUGGGACAUAAGCAGGAGGAUGGUUGGACUCGCUGACUGAGCAGAGUCCAGCUCUGUGGAUGGAGUUUGGGGAGUGGACUUAAGUGUUCUUGGACUUGAUAGCUAAUCUCUUGCAGCCCCACAGACACCAUUCUACAAGCGUCCACUUGCAAUAAAUAAAAGAACUAUUUCCAUCUUGAGGAUAAGAACAUUAAUUGAACAGCAUAUUGUAGAGUGAAGUGCGAUAGUGGUGUGUGUGCAAGAGUGCCACAAUGCUUAGAGAUUGUAUAAAGAUUUGAAUUUUAAGGUGUGCCUAUCAAAGUGAUGUUUAAAAAACAAUGAAGCAGUGUUAUGUAAAAUAAUCUGCUUACAUCUCAAUAGCCCUCCAGGUUUGCUUCUCCCAUAAUUUUUAAUAAGCUAAAUAGCUUUCCAAUUUCCACACCAUUUAAGAAAUCAGCUUGCAGACAGCCGUAGCAGGGUUAUAUAAGUGCAUGUAAACAAACCCUCACUCCCUAGAAAGACUCAGUAGGGGUAGAAACAUUUCCCUGUCUUUGACAAAAAAAUUUCAUAGAAACAGAUGUGAAAAUUAACUCUAAACUUGCUAAUUUACUAUAUUCUGUAAUGAAUCUAAUGCAUAGAUUACAGUUUUGUGUCUUGACCUAGAGUCAGACAGGCAGCCUCGGAUCAAAAGCAGCAAACUCUCGGGUACAUCGCCUCAUAGAGUUCUUCAAAGCCACGCUGAGUUGUCACAUUUUCCCGUCAGUGCUUGUGCUCUGCAGCUCCUGGAGUGAAACACGUAUCUGUUUCAGGUUCAGCUGUGGUGUUGGAAAGCUAAAUUUCUGCAUGCUUUAGCAUCUGCUUUGCUGUGCAGAGGAAGGAGAGGUGGUGGAGUGAUAGCAGUUGAUCCAGUUCCCUUCAUCUUGAUGUGUUUGAAGUGUAAAUGCUUUCUGCUAGGACAGUAAGGUUAGCGAUGCCGAUCGGUGAGCUCCUGCUGCGCUGCAACUCCCUCCUGCUGAUGGAUUGAGAGUCCUCUUACCUCAUUUUUAUUAUUUAAAGUUCAAAGGCAUUUGAAUAAAUUCAAGAGCAUUUCCAGACCAUUUACUCAAUUGCUAAGUGUGCUAAAUGAACCACAGUUUUCAAAUGAUACCAAAGGG